UGAAAGUUCUGAAAUAGUCUUUCCUCUCCUCCUCCUUCAGCGGCAGGCUGGCCAGUGCUGGUGGAAGUGACCGAUCGUGGCCACGGUCUUAUAGGCUAUGUCAGACGGUAGUUUCGGCCUCCACUGGCCUCGAAAUUAACCGACAUUCCUGCGCGCCUUAAGCGCAGUUUGGUCCAGAAACGUGGAAACACGAGAUGGCGGAGCAAUUGGCUGACCGUUAGCUUACGCGACUACCUGUGAAGUGAGGUGAAGUCAGCGCGUGCGGUCCGUAGCACAGCGUGACCGGUCAGAUGAAGUGCCUGCUCGUGGCCAGCGAGAGCGCGGAGGUGCUCUUCUACUGGACCGACAACGAGUUCCAGCUCCGCGUGCAGGAACAGUAUGGAACAGCUCGCGAUGAAGACGGCAGGCCCCCUGCAUUUGAGGACCGGAUCAACACACUCUUCGCUCCCAUCAUCAUCUCCUGCAGCACACUGGUAGACCGCUUGGGAGACAGCUACACCGCAUUCUCCACAGAGAACAACCACACCUAUGUGCUACACCAGUUUGAGGAGUGCCUGUACAUAGCUGUGAAUGGAGAUGGAGAGGAGAGUGAGGAUGACCUGAAGAGGAAGAUCUAUGUGAUGAAGAAGUUCACAGAUGUGAUGUUUGGGAUGGUCACACUCAGCAGCGCCCUCCUUAGGAAGGAGCUGCGUCCUCAGGACACAGAGCAGAGGAGAGCUCUCUGGCUCCGCCUGCAGGGUCUGCUGGAGACCUACAGCCGACUGAGAGAACAGGACCAGAGCUUCCUGGUGGAGGCUGUGGAGAGGCUGAUUCACCCCACGCUGUGUGAGCAGUGUAUAGAGUUUCUGGAGCGUCGUCUGGUGCAGCAGCUGAACUCCAGUUCUGAGAGAGCAGGAGAGGAGGUGCAGCACGCCUUCAUCCUGGUACACACCAAACUACUGGCCUUCUACUCCAGUCGUAAUGCCAGCACCCUCAGUGCAUCUGAUCUGCUCACACUGAUGGUGAUGGUGCAACAUUCACACCCCAGCAACCCCGAGAUAGAUGAGUCCAACCCUGAGCAUGUUCAGCAUGACACCACAGCUGGUUCAGAGGUGUUCUACACACCUGAGCCGUCUCCCACAGACAGUCAAGCAGAACUGAGCAGAAUAAGCAUGGAGGGUUCUCCAAUGUUCCAGUUUGUGGAUCCUGACAUACAGAUGGCGGAAGACAGCCUUCAGACGCUACAGACGAGUCCUCCUGACCCGGCCACUCCCACCCGCGUGUUCCUGGAGACGACGCUCAAGGAGGGCUUCUAUCCCAUGAUGCCUCACUCAAUGUACACCCUGCCGCUGUGGCCGGGCAUCACACUGGUGCUGCUCACCAAGAUUCCCAGCAGUCAAGUGGCCAUGUCCAUCUACCACUUCCUGGAAACGGUCACUAAGCUGGAGAAGAGGCUGAGUGACAGCCAGGAGGGGGCGGUGUCACUACGAGGCCACGCCCCCAUCCAGGAGCUCCGCAGCAAGAUGGACAAGUUCAUCAAGGCGCUAGGCAACAGUGAGAUUCAGACAGCACUACUGCAGAAUGCGUGGGUAGAGUUUAAGAACCGAGCCUUCAGCAGGGGAGGACCUGGACCCAGCAGAGAGUUGAUGGCCUCCUGUAAGAAGCUACGCACCCAGCUGUGUGGGGUCUUCAGACAGUGUUUUGUGUCCGAGGGCUGCAGGACCCAGCGACUCUCCCCCAGUUUACAGGACCGAGCCCUCACUAUGGUGCAAGACAAACUGAUGGACUGGAAGGAGUUCCUGCUGGUCAAGAGUAAGAGGAACAUUACCAUGGUGUCAUACCUUGAGGAGUUCCCUGGUCUAAUCCACUUCAUUUACGUGGACCGUGCCAUGGGCCAGAUGAUCGCUCCGUCUCUCAACAUGAGUGAGCGUGCCAGCUCAGAGCUGGGCAAGGGACCACUGGCACACUACAUCAAGAGCAAGGUGUGGAGUCUAGUUGGCACGGCGCGGCGCUACCUUCAGAAAGGCUACACCACCGUCACACAACGGGAUGGAGAUUACUACUUUUGCUACUUCCUCUGGUUUGAGAAUGAGACGGGUUAUAAACUGGAGGUGGUGGACAUCCCAAGCCUGCCUGAUGAUUCCGCCCCCAUAGGAAUGCUGGCCUGGGAUUACUACAGGAAGCUGCUGCGCUACUACAGCAAGACCCACUCCAGUGAGGUGGUGAAGUGCUACGAGCUGCUCACCGUCCAUCUGGGCGUCAUCCCCAGCGACUACGUGCUGCAGCACUGCAGCCAGCUGGCACGCAAGCUCUGGGAGCCCUCCCGCAUCCCCCUGCUCUAGACACACACACACACACACACACACACACACACACCCUCCCGCAUCCCCCUGCUCUAGACACACACACACACACACACACACACACACACACACACACACACACACACACCCUCCCGCAUCCCCCUGCUCUAGACACACACACACACACACACACACACACCCUCCCGCAUCCCCCUGCUCUAGACACACACACACACACACACACACACACACACACACCCUCUCCUGCAUCCCCCUGCUCUAGACACACACACUCACACACACACACACACACACACACACACACACACCCUCUCCCGCAUCCCCCUGCUCUAGACACACACACACAAACACACACACACACACAAACACACUCCCGCAUUCC